AUGUCGUUAAUACAGCUUUCGCGCCUCAUUGACUUGCCGGAUUCUGAUCUCCAGCAAGUCCUCGACUACGCAUUAACCCUCUCUAAAGUCGAAGCCGCCGACCAUUUCAAGAAUCUGCUUGGUGACUCACCACAGGCCAUCGAGUUCAUCGCCGCAUUCAACUCCCGUCGACAAGGUCCCCCUGGCGCCGCCGCCUCCUCACUCAGCCAGACAACAAAUCAACAGCAGAUUCAAGAGCUAGAUGCGGUUCCUAAAGCUCACAGGCAAACAAAGAAAAAGAAGGCACUGCUACACACUCCGGCACCACGACAGGUUGCCAGUCUAGGCCCUACGCCCGGCACUGCCUACAACAAGAAAGCGCUCGACGAUGACUACAUAAUAGGGAGAUCCGGCAGCACCACUCCGGUGAACAGCAGACCUCCGUCCAAAGCGCCAACCCCGAAAUCUUCUACUCCUCCUCCCUCAAAACCACCGCCCUCUGCCGCCGGUAGUCUGGUCUCUGAUCUAUUGGCCGCUCCGAAGUCAAAACCAAGAUCCAACCCGGUAUCGCGAACGUCAACGCCUGGCCCUGGGUCAAGAGGAAACAACAACUCGACCAAGGUAUCCAUUGCUGGCGGCACUCCUAUGCACGGUGCCUCGACUGCUCUCGACGAUCUGGACGCAGCUAUUCGAUCACUCGAGAUAACCACCAACCCCUCCCUAUCAGGCACAGACGAUGUAUCCGCCCGGCGCUGCAACUGCGUUGCCACACGCCACCCCCUACAAACUGCGGCGCCGAACUGCCUGAGUUGUGGAAAGGUCAUAUGCGUAAAAGAGGGUCUUGGUCCUUGCACAUUUUGCGGCACGCCGCUGUUGUCCCAAGCCGAAGUGCAGGCAAUGAUCAAAGAGCUCCGGCUUGAGCGUGGGCGAGAGCGCAUGGCCGCAGACCGCGAGGCUCACAAGCGUCCUGAUGUCGCAGGAACGCCGCGACCCUUCACAAAGGGCCGUGGAGAGGCAGAUGGUGAAAUGAGCACCGCAGAAGCGAAGGCUAGAGAACACAGAGACAAACUUCUUGGGUUCCAGGCUCAGAAUGCGAGACGAACUACGGUGCGAGAUGAGGCUGCAGACUUUGAUGUUUCAGGAGCUAUGGCUGGCGCAUUCGGAGGCAAUAUCUGGUCUAGCCCAGAGGAUAGAGCUCGUGAGCUAAAGAGACAGCAAAAGAUUCUCAGAGAGUUGGAGUGGAAUGCCCGCCCAGACUAUGAAAAGCGAAAACAGGUCGUCAGUAUCGACUUAGUCGGGGGCCGGGUUGUGAAGAAGAUGAUGGCGGUCGACCGCCCCCCAAGCCCUGAUGAAGAGGUUACAAAUUCAGAAACCCAUGCUCUAGAAGAAGUCAAUCCAAACCGAGGCGGCGGCAAUGGAGGUACUUUCAGUCGUAAUCCAUUACUUGGCGGUAUGAUCAAGCCGGUUUACGAUGGCAAGGGAAAAGGCGUGGAACUAGAGGGCCGCAAAGACAGGAAAACCAAGUGGAGAAGAGUUCAAGAUGAUUUGGAUGACAACGAAGCUGUCAUACUAGAUGGCGGAAUCUACGGUGGCAAGAUGGACGGUAGCAUCACGACAGGGGGAGAUGAGCCUCCUUGUGGAUAA